UGUUAGCUCGCUAGCACGUUAGCUAACAUGUUAACUGUGGCAGCGUUGUAGUAAAAACGCAACACAAACGCAACACUUCAUUCCGCUUGAACGAAUAAUUUACUGUUGGAUUUUAUUUGUUGUGGAGUGUUUCUUAACGAGUUGACAUAAAGUCUUAACUGUUAAGGGCAUUUUAUUUAAGCUAGACAGUAAAAAUUUAUGCAUUUAGACAAUUUAAGAAAAUACUAACAUAUUUACAAAAGUUCAGGAUCCUGCCUUUUGAAGCAUUGCGAUAUCAAAUAAUUUCACUCUGAGGUACUCAACCUUUUUAGACUAGGGUAGGGACCCCUCACAGUGGAGAAUUUAAACGUAGUUUUUCCAACACUCAUAACUAAGGCCAAAUAAACAUAACUACCAUGUGCACCAACACUUCUUAAAAGGCAUUGAAAUUAUUGUUUUUUGUUUUGUUUUGUUUUUUUAAACAUCAUAACCUACAGAUUAAUUACCCGUUUAUUAGAAAGGAAGAUGAUCAAACUUGAUUGAAAUUAAUUCAAUAAGUAGGGUGAGAAAAUGAGAAACUAAUCCAGAGUUGAGCCGCUGGUCCUCUGCAUUGAGAGAAGCCAGAUGAGGUGGCUCGGGCAUCUUAUUAGGAUGUCUCCCCGGUGAGGUGCUCCGGGCAUGUCCGACCGGGAGGAGGCCCUGGCAAAACUCUGGACAUGCUGGAGAGACUGUCAUCUGGCUGGCCUGGGAUGUCUUAGGAUCCCCCCCAGAAGAGCUGGACGAAGUGGCUGAACAGCCAUGUCUGAAGAAAUGUCUCCAGUUGAACUGAAAGUGGCUCGACAAAUCGAGUACUACUUUGGAAAUCACAAUCUUCUAAAAGACAGAUUUCUUAAAGAACAACUACAGGUUGACGAUGGCUGGGUCACGUUGGAAACGAUGCUUAAAUUUAACAGACUGAAAUCCCUAACCUCUGAUGCCAACGUCAUCGUUUCUGCUCUCCAGAAAUCAACAAGAGGCCUUUUGGAAAUUAGUGAGGACAAGACUAAAAUCAGGAGGUCUCCGGAAAAACCUUUACCUGAACUGAACGACGAGUACAAAGAUGCUGUCAAACACAAAUCUGUCUACAUGAAAGGUUUUCCUUUGGGAACCUCCCUUGAUGAGAUCCAGGAGUGGUUGAAUGGAAAAGGCAAUGUAGAAAACAUUCAAAUGAGGAGAGACAUGGAGAGACAGUUCAAGGGAUCGGUGUUUGUCUGUUUUGACACAGAGGAGUCAUCCAAGCAGUUCCUUGAACGUUCAGACAUCAAAUCAUUCAAAGACAAUGAGAUGCUCGUGUUAUCAAGGGAAAAUUACCAUGCAAAAAAAGCACAGGAGAGAAAACAACACAAAGCAGAGACAAAAGCAAAGGUUAAACAGGAUAAAGAACAGCAGCAGAAACACGUGGAGGAAAAAGAUAUGGAUCAGCUCUUGGAAGAACACUCAGGUGCCUUGUUAAAGUUCUCCGGAGAGCUGGAAGAUGUUUCCAGAGAAGAUUUUCAUGACGUGUUCUCAGGGCAUGGACGAAUCAAGUGGGUUGAUUUUACAAGAGGGGCCAAGGAGGGCACCCUUCUCUUUGAUGGAAAUGCGAAGGAGGCAUUUGAGAAGGCCAAAGAGGCAAAUGACGGGGAGCUUAAAGUCAAGAAUAAUAAUGUUACAUGGAAGCUGCUUGAAGGAGAAGAGGAGAAAGAGGUCCUGAAAAAGAUCAUUGAAGCGCAACAAGACUCUCUCAGCCGGAGCAAAGGAAGAGGAGGCAGAGGAAAAUCUGGCGGCAGAGGACGAGGAGGUCGAAAAGGAAAAGGGGGAAGAGAUCAAGGCAGAACUCAAUACCAGGGCAAGAAGACGAAAUUUGAUAGUGAUGAUGAGGAUGCACCUGUGGCCCCGAAGAGGGAACUUGAAGAAGCUGAUGGUCCUGCGGCAAAGGUGGCCAAAACUGAAAACGGAUCUUAGUAAGGCCAUACAGUGAUCAUUUCUUUUGGAGAAAACAUUUAUUCUAUACAGAGGCAAACAAGUCCAUUCCAAUCAAAAUCUUCAGGCCUUGGAGAACCGUAGAAAGUCCACCUGAAUGUCGACCUAGAGAACAAUUUGCAAAGCUUGGUGUCAGUUUUUUGCUUUUCAUGUCCAUUAAUGCACCUAUGUUUCUCUUUAGACAAUUUUGACUUUUAUUAUGUAUAACUUUCUGCUCUCAGAUUAUAAUUUUAUUUUGAACAGAACAUUUGUGUUGGUUUUUUUAAGACUCCUCGUGUGACAAGAAUCUGCCACUAUUUUUUUUUCUUGUAGAUUCCCUACAUUAUGAAAUAAAGCGUUGCAAUUUUUUACGUUUUUCAUUGUGAAUUGCAAACAAACCAUGCAUAACAAGUUGGCAGUUUUAAUGUACCUGCUAAGCAGCUGUCCAGAUGGGAAAAGAGUGUGAAGAGCAUUUAAACUCACCGAUUUCUUUUUGUGAAACUUGUAAGAAGCUGGCAAGUCGUAUCUCAGUUCUGUUUACACACAGAAAAAAAGCCAACUGUUCUCAUUUCAACUGUUCUGAUGUGCUUGUAUUGGAUUACCUGCAAUGACUUCCAUCUUCACUCCCCAGUCAUUGGCCUUCUUUUGUAUGUGCUGGAAUGGAAAAAGAAUAUAAACUUGUCAGACACA